AUGCUUUGCUAGCUUUAAAAUUUCUUUUCAAUUAAUUUUUAGUUUUUCACCUAAAUUAUUUAGUUGUUUUUAAAAUAGUUAACCAGCUACUUGCUUUUUGGCAUUUUGGUUUCCACAAAUAAAAAUUGCAUGAUGAAUAAUAUUUGCUAUUUUAAAUAUUUUUGGAUAUAACAAUUUAAAUCCAGUAAAAUAAUAAUUUUGGGGCAAACAACCUUAUCUAUUAGCAGUGUGUAAUAAGAGAAGAUUUUCUACAAUUUGUUCCUGUCCAUAGUACUGUAGGAUCUGAAUUGGCCAACACUAUUAUAAGUACUUUGACAUCUUUAGGACUAAAUUUAAAAAAUGCUCGAGGGCAAGGGUAUGACGGUGCAGCAAACAUGAGGUCUGCAUUUAGAGGAGUUCAAGCAGUUAUAAUGAAACAAUUUCCAAAAGCACUAUACACGCACUGUUUUGCUCAUUGUUUAAACUUAUGUCUUAACGAUGCAUCAAAAGUGCAACAAGUGAGAAAUGCUCUGGGUGUUGUACAGGAAGUAAGUGCAUGUUUUCGUGCAUCAGCUAAACGGUCAACUGUACUACGGAAAAAAUUAGAAUCUAAAUCCUUUUCUGGGUUGAAAAAAUUUUGCGAGACUAGAUGGGUAGAACGACACGAGUCAAUUUUAAUUUUGGUUGAAGGUUUUAUUGAAAUAAUUAGUGCAUUGGAAGAACUUAUGUCAAUAGAACAUGAUAAAGCAGUUUUUCCAUUACAUAAAUCUAUGUGUAAUUUUAAUUUUAUUAUAACUAUCUGUAUUUUGGAAAAGGUCCUUGGAAUAACUUAUUUUAUUUCAAAAUAUCUUCAAACAGAAAAUAUUGAUUUAUCCAUUGCAAUAGAAUCUGUAGAAUUGACAAUUCAAAAAUUACAAGAUUUACGGACGGAAGAAACUUUUUUUUCUAUAUUUCAUCGUGCUUGUGAAAUCGCAAAAGAAGUUGGUACAUCACCAACCAUACCAAGAGUAGUCGGGACUCAAAAACAUCGAGAAAAUUAUGCCAUACUCAAUAAUGACCAUGUCUCUUACUACAGACAAUCAUUAUAUUAUCCAUAUUUAGAUGAUAUUUUAGCAUCAUUUAAUGAACGUUUUAAAAUGAACUCUAAUAUUUUUAUUUCUUUAUCUUCUUUAUUACCAAGCAAAAUUGGUAAUUUAUCAUUUAGUGAUAUACAGCCAGCUAUUGAUUUUUAUGAAGAAGAUUUAAGAUCUAAUAACCAAAACAUUCACAUGGACUUAUUAAAAAAUGAAUUUGAAUUUUGGAAGCAAAAAUGGUCUAAUGAAGAAAAUAAUUUACCAAAAAAUGCAUUAGACACAUUAUCAAAAUGCCCCGAAGAUUUAUUCCCACAUAUAAAUAUUUUAUUAAAACUUCUUGCUAUUUUGCCUGUAUCAACGGCAUCGGUUGAAAGAAGUUUUUCUUCUUUAAAAAGAAUCAAGACCUAUUUAAGAAACUCUACCGGUGAGGCAAGAUUAAACGGAUUAGCUCUUAUGAAUAUCCACAGAGACAUACAAAUUGACACAGAUGCUAUUUUAAAUAUGUUUGCGUCUAAAAAGGAAAGGCGUUUAGAUUUUAAAUUGUGACAAUUUAAUAAUGAAUGCAUAAUACAUUAAAAACUAUGUGUAUAUAUUA